AUGGCGUGCGUGGGAUUCCUCCUCCUCCUCUUCCUCAGCAGUGCUGUGGCCGGUGGGCAGUACGGCAUAGUCCACGUCGUGUCACAGAAUUGGAGCAAGGACUACUGCAUGCUGUUCAGCUCCGACUACAUCACCCUGCCCCGGGACCUGCGCCAUGCCCCACUCCUGCCCCUGCAUGACGGCACCAUGGCACCCUGGUGCCCGGGCGAGGACUCUGCCCACCAGGCCCAGCCCAGCUCCCCCAGCCAGCGGCCCCUCCACCGGACCACUGCCAUGGUGAUGAGGGGCAACUGCAGCUUCUACGCUAAGGGCUGGCUGGCUCAGGGCCAAGGCGCCCACGGGCUGCUCAUCGUGAGCCGGGCCAGCAGCCACCAGUGCUCAGAGGCCACCCUGACAUCCCGGGACCCCCGCACACCCCUGCCAGACAUCACCAUCCCCGUGGCCGUGCUCCGAUACACCGACAUGCUCGACAUCCUCAGCCAUGCCCGCAGCGGCGCCAUGGUCCGGGUGGCCUUGUAUGCGCCCCCGGAGCCCAUCCUUGACUAUAAUAUGGUGGUCAUCUUUAUCCUGGCUGUGGGCACGGUGGCCGCAGGUGGCUACUGGGCAGGCCUGACUGAGGCUGACUGGCUACAGCGGCGCCGGGCCCGAGGAGGAGGGGGGCCUGGUGGUCACCAUCAGCAGGAAGCAGGGGUGGCCCAGAGCAGGCAGGAGGAAGAAGGUGAGAGUGAACCCGUGGACUUCACACCGGCCAUGAUGGGCACCGUGGUCACCAUGUUCUGCUCCCUCAUGUUGCUACUCUACUUCCUCUACGACUGCUUCGUCUAUGUCAUGAUUGCCAUCUUCAGCCUGGGCGCCGGCACCGGCCUCUACAGCUGCCUGGCCCCGCUGGUGCGCCGCCUGCCCCUACAGCAAUACCAGUGGCCUCUGCCUGGCCGCUGGGCCCGUGUGCAGCUGCCCCUGCUGCUGCUGGCUGGCCUGUGCAUAGUGGUGACCAUCUUCUGGGUGGCCUACCGCAAUGAGGACCGUUGGGCUUGGCUCCUACAGGACACGCUGGGUGUGACCUACUGCCUUUUCGUCCUGAGGCAUGUGCGGCUGCCCACCCUCAAGAACUGCACCUCCUUCCUGCUGGCCCUGCUGGCCUUUGAUGUUUUCUUUGUCUUCGUCACACCUCUCUUCACCAAAACUGGAAAGAGCAUCAUGGUGGAGGUAGCCUCGGGCCCGGCAGAGUCCUUGAGCCACGAGAGGUUGCCCAUGGUGCUGAAAGUGCCCCGGUUGAACUUCUCGGCCUUGACCCUGUGUGACCAGCUCUUCUCCAUCCUUGGCUUCGGUGACAUCGUGGUCCCGGGCUUCUUGGUGGCCUACUGUCAUCGCUUUGAUGUACAAAUGAGCUCACGCCAGGUCUACUUCAUAGCCUGCACUGCGGCCUACGCCGUGGGCCUGCUGGUCACUUUUGUCGCCAUGGUCGUCAUGCAGAUGGGCCAGCCCGCCCUGCUUUACCUGGUAACCAGCACGCUGCUCACCAGCCUGGCGGUGGCUGCCUGCCGCCAAGAGCUCACUCUCUUCUGGACUGGCCAGGGCAGAGCCAAGACACCUGCCCAGCCUGUGGCAGGGCUCUGUGGUGCCCCUCCAGUUGGCUCCAAACAGAAGCAGGAGGACAUAGCAGAUGUGCACACAUCCAGCGAGUCUGAGGGGACCAGCACCCACUUGGCAGGGAGCUCAGAGAGCAACUUUGGAGAGGAUGCUGCCAGGAUUGUCAUCAUAUCUGAGGAUGAAGCCUCUGGUCUGGACGGCUACAGUGAUAGCUCUGAGGGCUGGAGUGAUGCCAACCUGGACCCUGACGAGAUGUCCUGUGCCUCCCCUGGGUCCUCAGAGGAGUCGAUGACACUGAUGCCACCACCCUCGGAGCUGGGCUACGCCCAGGCCCAGGUCCACAACACCACUCUACCCUGGAUGGGGCUCUACAAAAGGAAGGGCUUAAAGGUAGAGGAGAGCAUGUCGACCCAGGCUCCCUUGUGA